CGGCGGUGGCCCCCUCCCCCCGCACCCGGGAAUCGGAGUCGGGAGGAGCCUGGCUCUCUCUGCGCUGUCUCUGGGCGUGUGCCCCCGCCGCAGCUCCGCUGAGCCUCCGAGUCCCUGCAAAGGGGGGCGGGGAGCCGCGGCGAGCAGCCCGCGUCUGCGGCUUCCUCCCCACGCCCGCGCCUCCCGCGCACAGCCCGGAGGACGUGCGCCGAGCCCGUCCCCACGCAGCCGCGCGCCCGGGCUCCCUGCCCAGCCGAGAACAAUCAACCAUGACGACCGAAUCUGGCUCAGACUCAGAAUCCAAGCCUGAACAGGAGGCUGAGCCCCAGGAGGCGGCUGGUCCGCAGGGGCCCGCAGGGGCACAGCAGCCGGGGCCGGGGCCAGAAGAGCAGCGCCAGGCCUUGGAGCAGUUCGAAGCUGCCGCGGCACACAGCACCCCCGUGAGAAAGGAGGUCACCGACAAGGAACGGGAAUUUGCUGCUGGAGCUGCAAAACAGCUCGAAUAUCAGCAAUUGGAAGACGAUAAACUUUCUCAGAAAUCAUCUAGCAGUAAACUCUCUCGCUCUCCACUGAAGAUUGUCAAAAAGCCUAAAAGCAUGCAGUGCAAAGUGGUCCUUCUGGAUGGAUCAGAAUAUACCUGUGAUGUGGAGAAACGCUCCAGAGGCCAAGUGCUGUUUGAUAAAGUAUGUGAACAUCUGAACUUGCUAGAAAAAGACUACUUUGGGCUUACAUAUCGAGAUGCCGAAAACCAGAAGAAUUGGCUGGACCCUGCUAAGGAAAUUAAAAAACAGAUUCGAAGUGGUGCUUGGCACUUUUCAUUUAAUGUGAAAUUUUACCCACCAGACCCCUCUCAGCUAUCUGAAGAUAUCACCAGGUACUACCUCUGCUUACAACUGCGAGACGACAUCGUGUCCGGAAGGCUGCCCUGCUCCUUUGUCACCCUCGCCCUGUUGGGUUCCUACACUGUCCAGUCAGAGCUCGGAGACUAUGACCCAGAUGAAUGUGGGAGCGAUUACAUUAGCGAGUUCCGCUUUGCACCAAAUCACACUAAAGAACUGGAAGAUAAAGUGAUCGAGCUGCACAAGAGUCACAGAGGAAUGACGCCAGCCGAAGCUGAGAUGCAUUUCUUGGAAAAUGCCAAAAAACUAUCCAUGUACGGGGUAGAUUUACAUCAUGCCAAGGAUUCUGAAGGAGUUGAAAUUAUGUUAGGAGUUUGUGCAAGUGGUCUGUUGAUAUAUCGAGACCGACUGCGGAUAAAUAGAUUUGCCUGGCCUAAGGUUCUAAAAAUUUCAUACAAACGGAACAACUUUUACAUUAAGAUCCGCCCUGGAGAGUUUGAACAAUUUGAAAGUACCAUUGGGUUUAAACUGCCAAACCAUAGAGCUGCCAAGCGUUUAUGGAAAGUAUGUGUUGAACAUCAUACAUUUUUCAGAUUGUUGUUACCAGAAGCGCCUCCAAAGAAAUUCCUUACCUUGGGUUCCAAGUUUCGCUAUAGUGGCAGAACGCAAGCCCAAACGAGGAGAGCCAGUGCGUUGAUAGAUCGCCCAGCCCCUUACUUUGAACGCUCAUCCAGCAAACGUUACACCAUGUCUCGCAGCUUGGAUGGAGCAUCAGUGAAUGAAAACCAUGAAAUAUACAUGAAGGAUUCUGUGUCUGCUGCAGAGGUUGGUACUGGCCAGUACACCACGACAAAGGGCAUCUCUCAGACCAACCUGAUCACCACCGUGACUCCGGAGAAGAAGGCCGAGGAGGAGCACGACGAGGAGGAGGAGCGGCGGAAAAAGGCGGAGGAAGCCACCCCCGUGGCAGCAGUACGGCCCGAGGGAAAGACGGACAGCGAGCGCACGGACACCGCGGCCGACGGGGAAACCACCGCCACUGAGUCGGACCAGGAGGAAGAUGCAGAGCUCAAGGCACAGGAGCUAGAUAAAACUCAAGAUGACCUGAUGAAACAUCAAACCAAUAUUAGUGAGCUGAAAAGAACCUUUUUAGAAACCUCCACAGACACUGCCAUCACAAAUGAGUGGGAAAAGAGGCUUUCUACCUCCCCGGUGCGACUAGCCGCCAGGCAGGAGGACGCGCCCAUGAUCGAACCCCUUGUACCUGAAGAGACCAAAGAAGAAAGAGAGAUUUCUGAAAAAGUUAUAUUUUUGCAGCAAGGAAGCUCUCCAUUCCUUGAGUCUCAGCCAAGUGUGAUAAAGAAAAUGUGGGAAGGAGAUUCCGCAGGCUCUGUGGUUACCUCUCAUCAAAUCGUUUUCCAGAAAACUGUCCCAUCGACCAUAGAGGGCACAGAGGAUUGGGUUAUUGUAGACAGAAUACCUACUGAGGUAGUUGAUGGUGAUGCGAGAAAGAUUGUGACUUACAAGGUGGUGACCAUGAGCAGUAGAACUGGUGACAUACCUGCUGACGUGUUGCGAUCUAGUACCAUUGAAAUGCAGAGCUUCGAUGACUUGGCCCGAGAAAUGCAAUUGAACGAAGAAAGCAAACAGAAAGUAUACACUCUAGGAAAGUCCUAUGAUACUGUGUCCGGAAAAAUCGUUACGAUGACUGGAAAAACUAAGGAGGGGGAGAAGGGAGUGCAGCCAUCCACUCUGGAAGCGCUUCAGAAAAUGGAGUCAGUGAAGCUCAUCCCUGUCAUGACAGAGUAUGAGGUCCUGGAAGCCAUUGCUGAUGAGAAAUCCAAGAGAGGACCUGAGGUCCAUACUCCAAAGCGGAAAUUAUCGGAAUCCCUGGCUCCCAUCAAGGAAGCUGAGUCUCGCCGGCAGAGUCCUGAAGAAGAAGACCUCAAGAAAGCUCAGAUGCUGGGAAGGGACACGGCUCUGCACGUGAACCUGGAGAGUGUGCAGUGGAGCAAAACUGAACACGCCCCAGAGGGCGAGGCCCUGAAAGUGGGGCUCUUUGGACCCAGAAGGAAGAGUCUGUCCGAGUGGAGGUACUCCCAGGAACCGGCCUUCACCGUGGCUACUGCUCAUUACCUUACCGAGUCCACAGCGUCGCAAGUCGUGAGUAAGCAGUCUUCUGGUGAAAAGCUCAUGGAUGGCUCUGAAAUCUUCAGUUUAUUAGAAUCUGCGAGAAAACCAACAGAAUUCAUAGGAGGGGUUACCUCUUCUUCUCAAAGCUGGGUUCAGAAAACAGAAACCCGGACGGGGUCCAGCGAAACAGAGACGGAAGCAACCCAGCACCCCCAGCCACUGAGCACUGAGAAGGCUGCGCAGGAAACCGUGUUGGUGGAGGAGAGACAUGUGAUGAAUGUGCAUGCAAGUGGGGAUGCUUCUUACGCAGCUGGAGAUGACGCGGAUGCCUCAGCGCAGGCAGCAUCUGCGGAUGCCUCCAGCGUCAGAGGGAAGGAGGGCUCUGCUCUGACAGAGGGGGCUAAAGAGGAAAAAACGGAGAUGGCUGAUAAAGCUGUACUGGAACAGGAAGAAAUGGCCACUCCUUCCCAUGAGCUAAAGGAGGAGCAGAGUGUAGCAGUCCACAUUUCUGAAACUUUGGAACAAAAACCUCACUUUGAGUCAUCCACUGUGAAGACAGAGACCAUCAGCUUUGGCAGUGUUUCACCAGGUGGAGUAAAGCUAGAAGUUUCAACCAAGGAAUUGCCAGUUGUUCACACAGAAACCAAAACCAUAACAUACGAGUCAUCACAGGUUGAUCCUAGUGCUGAUUUGGAGCCAGGUGUGCUAAUGAGUGCACAGACGAUCACAUCUGAAACCACCAGUACCACGACCACCACCCACAUCACCAAAACUGUGAAAGGAGGCAUUUCGGAGACUAGAAUUGAGAAACGAAUAGUCAUCACGGGCGACGCGGACAUCGACCAUGACCAGGCGCUGGCUCAGGCAAUUAAAGAGGCCAAAGAGCAGCACCCUGACAUGUCAGUGACCAAAGUAGUGGUUCAUAAAGAGACAGAGAUCACACCGGAAGAUGGAGAGGAUUGACCCAGGAAUAACUUAGCCUGCACAGGAAUCCAGUCAUGCAAACCAUUAGGAAAACCAGAGCCUAUAUGGAGUUCCCUCUUCUAACCCAACUGACUUGUGUCUGCCUGUGGAAAUGUUCAGUCCAGAAGAACAGACCUUGACCAUUAAUAAAAACAGGGGCAGAGAGGUCUUCCCAUAAUAAAGCAAUCUGAAUCAGCAUCACUAACCUGAUAUUGCAUGAAGCAACGGUAAAAUUACAAAAGAGCAGCAUUUUUAAUUUUCACAAAGUGUCUAAGUUUUCUGCUAUACCUGCACGUUCAUAACCAACAAUAUAAACCGUGAUUUCAUGUAACACAUAAACAAUCCAUGCCUUUUAUAGUUUAUUAUUAUUAAAGUCUAAACAGAAUUUCAAUUUCUUAAGUGACAGAUCUUUUGUUUACAGAUAAAUGAAGAUUGCCCCAAAAUGCUAGAAGCUGUCUAGGUUCAGUGUGUCAGGUUUAUCCCAGAUUAGAUGUGCCAAUAACCGAGUUUAUUCAGUAAACACUUGAAUCAUGUAUUUGUUUUAUCUGGUUUUAUUACUCUUAACCCAUAAACAGUGGUGACUCUCUGAUCCUCUGGAAAUAUUUAAUGCUUACAAUCCUGCUUUGUGUAUCUAAUUUAAUUCAUUAUAAGGUAGCACUGAUUUUAGCAUAUUAAUGUGAUUUCUUCCUUGUUGUCCAUUUUGGUCCGUGUUCAAUCUGGAAAGCUUCCCAAAGUUCCCUAUCAAGUCCUAAAUAUGUAAAUUGUGAUUAUUUUGGGAAGAAAAUAUGUAUUUUUGUUAGUUUACAAUAUUACAAAAUUUCACUAUAGAAAAACCUGUUGUGUUCCUGUUGGGUUUUUUUUUCUUUCUCUGUUGCUUUUUUCUUAUAUUUUUACAUUGAUUUUUCUUCUUUUACUUGAAAAAGUGUUUUAUUUCCAAAUAUGGUCCAUAUUUACAACCUAGUUCAGAGCCAAGCCUUAAACUGUACAGAAUUUCCACUGUAAUUAAACUAUUUAGUGUUUAGUUAUAAAUAGCCUUCAAAAAGAUAUAUUCUCCAUUACACUGUCUGCUGCAUCACACAGCCCAUGGUGAAUGUAUGUUUCUGCACAGCGAAAUAAAAAUGAUUAAAUGCGU